AAUUUUUUCCUUCUUUUACAGCUGAUCAUAUGAUGGCAAAGAUUUACCUGUGCGUCUGUGUGCUGUUUCUGGUGUUCUUAGUAACAUUUGUAUUUUGGUGCCCUAAGAUGGAGAACAAACCAAUUUAUACAGAAAUCCUUCAAAAAUACCAUUCAGAACAGAGAAAUCAUCACACUAAUGACAGGUCUGGAAAUAACUCUCAGAAACUUGACGUUACCCAGACGUCAACUAGCUACCCUACACAAACCCUUAAAAGUGAAGUGGCCACCUAUCUGAAUUUACAAGGAGAUGUGUUUGAUGAAAACAAGCUCAGUAAAGAUGCCAACUGGGCACAGUUUUAUGAUCGAACAAGAAAUGGUGAACCAAGUUUCAAAUAUUUGAUUGUACAAGAUUCCCUAUGCAUAAACAUAACUCCAUUUCUAGUUAUCAUGGUCGCCACUCAACCAAGUGAAGUAACAACCAGAGAUAUUAUUAGAGAAACGUGGGGAAGCAGACGUAACUGGCAUGGCAAAUAUGUUCUUAUCUUGUUUUUAAUCGGGAAGAGUAAAGAACCCAUCGAGCAAUUGUUAUCUGAAAAUGAUAAACACAAGGAUUUAAUUGUGCAAGACUUCGAAGACACAUAUGAAAAUCUCACACUAAAGACCCGAAUGGCAUUCCAAUGGAUGUACGACUUCUGCCUAAAAGCAGAGUUUUUCAUGAAAACAGAUUCUGAUGUAUAUGUCAGUCCAAGCAACUUAGUUAAAUAUUUGCUUUCUUUGAAUGAAAACCUGUCCCAAAAUUUGUUUACAGGCCACAUAUUUGAAAACAGUACACCAUUCCGAUCAAAAAGUGCUAAGAAUUAUCUCUCAUAUGAAGAUUAUCCAAUUAAUUUUUUCCCUCCCUACUGCAGUGGCCUUGGAUAUGUUAUUUCAGGAAAACUAGCACUGAAAAUUUUCAUGAUUAUGCACCAUGUUAAACCUUGGGCAAAUGAAGAUGUUUAUACAGGAUUCUGCCUGAAGUUACUAGGAGGCCAACCUUCUUCUCCACCACAAAACAGUUUCUUUUUUAAACAAACAAACCUUAAUGACAAACUUCAGACAUUAAUAGCUGCACACUGGGUGGACCAAAAUGCCAUGAAGCAACUUUGGGAAAUCGAGAAAGCAAGUUUAUGAAGGCAAAGCAGAUGAAGGAAACUUUUAUUUAAAGUAAUGAGACGCCUUUAAGUUAAAGUUUACCUGCAAAAAUUGAAAUGGAAAAGAUCAAAGUGGAAGCCUGUCAUCUGAAGACUCGCCAUGAGGGGCUGAAAGGAAACCUCAUUUAAGAUUUAUGAGAGUCACUUCAAAUACGAGUAUGAUUUUACACAUCUGUAUAUGCAAUAAUAACAGCGCUGGAUUUUUCUUGCAUAUUCGGAGAGAUCGACAAACUGAAUGUCAAGUUAUGAAUAAAAUUUACACCAUUCAAGAAUUUUGGGAAUAUAAACUACAAAAAUUGCAUUUGAGAUAUCUUUCACAAAUUUAAAUUUCUUCUUGAUAACUUGGGAAAAGCUUGAAAGCAUCAUUUGUUUUAAACAUGGAACUGAAUGUUGGGUUCUUUCUACUGUAUACAUGAGGCAGAUAGAUGCAGUAUAUUGGACAAAAAAUGAAGAAACUUUUUUUAAUCAGGGAUUGUUAUUUCUUAUAAAAACUGACUGGAUACUUUGAUUUAUUCAAAGUACUGAUGUUACAAAAAAAAAUGAGUUCAUUUGCACUUUUUCUAUGAUUUUUCUGAGAAAGCCAUAUACUGUAUAUGUAUUUUAAAACAGACAAGGCAUUGUUUUAUACACAGGGUCAAGCUGAAGUUCACAUUUUGUACCUGAAAUUGUACAUCUAAAAGGUGUGGGAUCUAUAUAUUAAUGUAUUUAUUUGUGUACUUUUAUGAAGUUUUAGGGAAACUUAGAUUUAUUUAAUCUAUUAGAAUAUAAAGUUUCCACUUUUAGCUAGUAAUUAAAAUAUUCAGCAGAUUAAAGGUGUGCUUAUUAUUUUAUUAAAUCAAGAG